AUGAGUUGGGAAGGGUUCAAGAAAGCUAUUAACCGUGCAGGUAAUAGUGUUAUUGUCAAAAACAUUGAUAAGACAAUCGAUAAGGAGUAUGAUAUAGAAGAACGUCGUUAUAAAGUUUUACAAAGAGCUGGUGAUGAAUUACAAAAGGAAGCCAAAGGUUAUUUGGAUUCAUUAAGAGCAGUAACAGCAUCUCAAGUUACUAUUGCUGAAGUUAUCUCCAGUUUGUAUGAUGACUCUAAAUACAUCAGUGGUGGUGGUUAUAACGUUGGUAAUUAUUAUUUACAAUGUGUUCAAGAUUUUGAUUCUGAGACUGUUAAACAACUUGAUGGUCCAUUUAGGGAGACGGUCUUAGAUCCAAUCUCUAAAUUUUCUUCAUAUUUUAAAGAAAUUGAUGAGGCUAUCAAGAAGAGAGCUCAUAAGAAACAAGAUUUUGAUGCAGCAAAGGCUAAAGUGCGUCGUUUAAUUGAUAAACCAGCUAAGGAUGCUUCAAAAGUUCCAAGAGCAGAAAAAGAAUUACAAUUAGCAAAGGAUGUCUUUGAACAUUUGAAUAAUCAAUUAAAGACAGAAUUACCUCAAUUAGUGGCCUUAAGAGUUCCAUAUUACGAUCCAAGUUUUGAAGCUCUUGUUAAGAUUCAAUUACGUUUCUGUACUGAAGGUUAUACAAGACUAGCACAGAUUCAACAAUAUUUGGAUCAACAGUCAAGAGAUGAAUAUGCAAAUGGUCAAUUGGAUAAUAAAAUAGAGGACUUGUUACAACAGAUGUCCACGUUAGAUAUUUGUGCCCUUGGCCUUAAAUGA